GAGGAGCAACGGUUGUGAAACACCGUUCCUGGGUUUUAUUUCAUUGCAUCUCGCCGGGUUUAAAGUAUAUCGUGUGCCUCUUCCGCUAUAAUACGGAUUCCUGUUUUCAUCUUUCUCUGGUUUAAGUAAGAUCUUGAUAUCCACAAGAAGAAUGUUUGAGCUUGGAAGUUGGCUGGCGCAGUUCCACUUAUCCUCGGGACUCAGUGCUACUUCAAAUGGUGCCAUAGGGGAGCACAGGCCUACGCACCCAACUACAACAAUACAGGACAUUAUCCAGGAUGUCAGGAAAAUUGGUGGGCUGAAAAAAGAACAUAUUUUCUGCAACCUUCGUAUUCCGACUGAGUUUCCGAACACCAAAGAAGAUGAUAUCAACCUCAUCAUCCUCACAGGCCACGGGGUGUUCUGUGUCGACGUAAAGACAUGGAGAGGAACGGUGUCCGCACAGAAGCAGCACUGGCACGUCUUGCUCAAACAAGAAAACCCAAGUCUCACCAAUACCUCUGUAGAGCAGGUGGCUGACCCCCUGGAGGCAAUCACGACCAAGACCGCCAACCUGUGGCAGCACAUGAGGAGAAACGGUGUGGCUGUGCAUCAGAAGCUCUUCCACCCAAGGGUAGUCUUCCUCGCCCCAGAAUGCCAGCUGGAUGAAGAGCUGAGGAAGAGGAGGGAGCUUAUCGUCCACAGUCAGUUGGAGGCUUUCCUGCGCUCCUUCAGGGAAGGCUACAUCACAUGGAUGUCAGACGCUCUCACUCCUGCCUGGCUGUCUGGUCACCUGUCAUACCGUCAGAUGGGGGAGGUGACUGAGGUCUUGAGGAGGAUGGGCACCUGGGACCUGCUCAGACUACAUGGAGGAGAGGAGCUCAAGGGUGACUACCAGACCUGUCCUUACAUCGCCCUGAACCGCCGGGAGACCGACGUCAUGAAGUUCUCCAAGAUCAAAACCCUGUCUGCUGAUUCGCUGUGGGCUCUGCUGGGACACGCCCCUCAGGUAACAGUGAAGAUGUAUAGGCGUGGAGCCCCCGGGUGGCUCGGGAAGCCUCUGAGUGCCACCACCACCAUCCCCAACACCACCCAGGUCAUCUUCAGGGUCAACGGAGAGGAAACUGACUCCAGCAUCCCGGCCUACUCCAUUCACAGCAUCACGCUCAGCAUAUAACCCUUGGGUAAUGGGGGAGGGCUGGGACAUCACCAUCACAGACAGUGGAUCUGGUUGGAUAUCUCCAUCACAGACAGUGGAUCUGGUUGGACAUCUCAAUCACAAAUAGUGGAUCUGGUUAGACAUCUCCGUCACGGACAGUGGAUCUGGUUAGACAUCUCCGUCACGGACAGUGGAUCUGGUUAGACAUCUCCGUCACGGACAGUGGAUCUAGAAGGACAACGCGGUAACAGACAAUGAUUCAAGUAGGAAAACCGUUAUUUAUAACAUAUUACAGCCUUUCAUAUCCCCGUUCCAGUUAUCUACGUUGAUACUGUGAGUUCAUUAGUGGAAUCAGGCAUGUAUUGCCAGGGAAAAAACUCAAAUGUACAUUAAUUGGUCUAGGAUCAGGCUAGCUACAGUGGGGAGAACAAGUAUUUGAUACACUGCCGA